GCGUCCCGAGGUGGUUUUUGUGGGUCCUGGGGCGGAUUUGAGGGUCGCAGGGUGGUUUUGGGGGUCCCGGAGCAGUUUUUCGGGGUGCCAGGGUGACCCCUGGUGACCCCGUCCCCUCCCCGCAGGGCGAGGACCCCGAGGCGCGGCGCCUGCUGUCGAUGGCGCUGCGCGCGCAGGGGGCGGGGCCGGGCCCGCGGGGGGAGGGGCCUGGCCCGGGGGGCGGGGCUCUGCGCGAGAGCCUGGCCCAGGCCGAGGCGGCCGUGAGGUGCGACCCCAGCGACGGCCGCUCCUGGUAUGUUCUGGGGAACGCCCACGUGUCGCUGUUCUUUGCGGGGGGGCAGAGCCCCAACAGCGCCCGGCGAGCGCUCGCGGCCUACGCACAGGCGGAGCGCGUGGACCCCGCUGCUGCCGCCAACCCCGACCUGCACCUGAACCGCGCCACGCUGCUGCAGUACCUGGAGCGCUUCCAGGCGGCGCUGGAGGGGCUGAGCCGAGCGGCCGAGCUGGCGCCGGGCUGGGACGAGCCCCGGAAACGCCACGGGAACCUGCUGGA